GGACAUGAAUGUUAUUCUCUCUGCUGCAAAACUUGUGCAGCUAGUUGUGCUUGCGUUUGCUGGGUGGCUGCUUCUUCAGUCCCUGUUAAUGAGCAUCCAAACGUUUUUAGUUCUCGUGCUUCCCCCUGCAAGUGUCGCCUCCCUUAAGCUUAUUCCGUCAGCCAACGAAACUGCUGACCUUGUUUGGCCCGCGUGGAAGGAACCAUUUCAUUAUGAGGCCAAAGUAUAUAUCAACAACAAAUCGUACGAUUCGAGUCGGCCCGAAACGUUCUUCCAGAAUGCCACCGAGGUCUGGCACGUUGAGCCGCAGAGCCUGGUGAAUCGGUACCCAUUUUUCGAGAAGCACCUGACUCUGAAUCUGGCUGAUACAGAUGAUAAAUUCAUCUGUGUUUUUAUACAGAAAGCUGGCCAGUUCACACCGUACCCAAACAUCAGCGAUCCCCAGCUACGUGUUAGUAAGAACCAGUUUGCAUACACUAGAUGGGACACCACUUGUGAUGAGGAGAAUCUGAAAGGGGCUGGUAGUAGGCGCCGCUGCACCUCUCAGUUAGGACUGAUGGUUUAUACUCGGGCAAUAUGGGAUAUCCAUCUUGAGGACAACGUAUAUACAUAUGAUGAUUCGCGAAACCACAACCGCAGAUCCACUACCGUCCACGGUCCUUUGCUUAAGUCUAACAGUACAACUGGCAGCACUGGUUCUAUGAACAUGUACCUGCCGUCUAUUGCGCAGAGCAAUGGUCCUAAGUUGUCCUACAAGGUAUUCCCUAUAACCAAAGAUGAGGGCACAGAGAAGGGAUACAAGGAAUUCAGUGCAUCUGUAGAUAUCUAUAUGACAAUACGCGGCGUAAGCACAAGCUCAAGGUUCAACCCUGGGCCGAUCCCCAAAACCGGGAAUUACAAGGUACUCGCAAUUCUGACAACGAACUGGGGCCGUCCCUUCAUACCGCACUUUAACUACAGCUCGCCAACGGUCAAGUCAGCGGUCUCGACAGCGAUAUUCCUUGCACUUUACCCCGCCCUCCUCUCCCUGUGGCUCCUUCGGCAGCUCUACAUCGCCCGGCUCUAUUUCACAUCAGCCUGCUCAAGCAGCAAAAGGGCCAGCCCCAUCUUAAGGAUGUACCUUUUCAUUGAGCAUCUAUGGUCGCCUUUGGUUGAUAAGUUUGUCUUUGGGACAGACAACACGGGGUUGUAUAGUGCUGUUCUCGGCGGCUACACCGGCUGGUGGUUCAUCAGAUUCAUCCUUGUGGCCUUGCCUCAGAGACAGGUUGCUAGUGUCAUACGGUGUCUUGCUGGCUCUCAGGCAACCAACAAAAGCACGGGGAAUCGAGGUAGUACGCUGCUUCUUCCUACUAUGGAGAAGCAGAAGUACGAGGAAACAGAGGAAACAGCGGAAACAGCGGAAACAAGGGAAACCGAGGAAACCGGGGAGAACGAAGCGGUAAUCGCUUGCUUCAAAGCAUUGCCCCUGGGAUUAAAGGUAUUUCCCCUAGUAAUUGCCGUGCCAUCUGUCGUGGAUUAUGCCCGUAAUACUAGCUCGCAUUUCGACUUUGCAGUCCCAGAGCUUGUGGAGGGUAAAUAGUGGUAUAUCCCCACGUUCAUACGAUCACUAUGCGGCUACACGCAGCAAUUUAUUCACCUAUACCUCUAUGUCAUCUUCAUUCCGACUCUCAUCUUGAUAUUCACCCGCAAAUCAACAGUGCACGCGUCAAUUCCCUACCACUUCCUUCGCACGAUCGAGCUCACUGUGGUCAUACUGGCCUGCCUCUACGAGAUUCCCAAGGCACUUGAUCCAGAGUAUUUGGCAUGGCGCCAUACUGUGUAUUAUAUCGGCAGCGUUUUCCUUUUCACCCAGUGGGUAGUCAACAAUAAAUUGUGAGUGGUAGAUUAGCUUUAGAACUGCCUGUACCUAAU